UGGCUCCGAAGCUUUUGGCGCCAACUCAAUCUCUUCGUUUCUCUGCGCUCAAAGCACGCUAAUUCAUUCUCUGCAAACCCAACCAAAAUUCACUUCCCCUUUCUCCUUCCUCUAAGCCAAACAUGCUCACACAUUUGGUAUUCCACGCCGGAUAGAGGCUUCUACCGUGAAAUUGCCUUGCAAAUAUUAAGCGCUUCUAAGGAAGAAGAGAAUGGCGAGUAUUGCGGAUAUUUCCGUUUCGGCAGCCAUCAAUCUGUUGUCUGCUUUGGCAUUCCUGUUGGCAUUUGCAAUAUUGCGACUUCAGCCCUUUAACGAUCGGGUCUACUUCCCAAAAUGGUAUUUGAAAGGGAUAAGAGGCAGCCCAACAGGUUCCACAAUGGUGAAAAAAUUUGUGAACUUGGACCUCGGGACCUACAUCAGGUUUCUAAAUUGGAUGCCUGCAGCAUUGCAUAUGCCCGAACCUGAGCUUAUUGAUCAUGCCGGGCUUGACUCAGCCGUGUUUGUUCGGAUUUAUAUGCUUGGGGUCAAAAUAUUUGCCCCGAUUACCGUACUUGCUUUUGUGGUUUUGGUUCCUGUUAACUGGACCGGGAGAACAUUGGAAGCACCGGGAGCUAAGGAUUUGCAAUUUAGCGAUAUUGACAAGAUUUCAAUAUCAAACAUUCCAUUUGGAUCAGAUAGGUUUUGGGCGCAUAUUGUAAUGUCAUAUGUCUUCUCGUCUUGGACAUGCUAUAGUCUUUAUACGGAAUACAAGAAUAUAGCAACAAUGAGAUUGCGAUUUUUGGCAGCUGAACGUCGUCGUCCGGACCAAUUUACUGUCCUUGUGAGGAACGUUCCACCAGAUCCCGAUGAAUCAGUCAGUGAGCACAUCGAACAUUUUUUUUGCGUCAACCAUCCUGAUCACUAUCUGAUGCAUCAGGUUGUUUAUAAUGCGAACAAGCUUGCAACAAUAGUUGCAGAGAAGAAGUCUCUAAUAAAUUGGUAUACUUACUACCAGAACAAAUUCGAAAGAGAUCCUUCCCAGAGGCCAAUUACUCGGACAGGUUUCAUGGGUUGCGUGGGGGCUAAAGUUGACGCUAUUGAUCAUUAUACUGCAUUAAUUGAUGAUUUGAGCAAACAAGAAGCGGAAGAAAGAGAAAAUGUUAUAAAGAACCCGAAUGCUGUUAUUCCUGCAGCUUUUGUUUCAUUCAAGACACGAUGGGGGGCGGCUGUGUGUGCUCAAACUCAGCAAACUAGUAAUCCUACUGUUUGGCUCACAGAAUGGGCUCCUGAGCCUCGGGAUGUUUUUUGGGAAAAUCUUGCCAUUCCAUAUUUUGACCUCUCUAUGCGAAGAUUGCUCAUGACCGUUUCUUUAUUUUUCCUAACCUUUUGCUUUAUGAUUCCAAUAGCAUUUGUCCAAUCUCUCGCCAACAUUGAGGCAAUUGAGAAGGUCUUUCCUUUCUUGAAGUCAAUAAUUGAAAAGGGAUCUAUCAAGUCUCUCAUUCAAGGCUUUCUACCAGGGUUAGCAUUAAAGAUAUUUCUUGCAAUACUUCCAAAAAUUAUCAUGGCGAUGUCCAAAGUGGAAGGUUUUACUUCGCUUACAGCUUUGGAACGGAGGUCAGCGUCCAAAUAUUACUUAUUUGUUCUCGUCAAUGUGUUCCUUGGGAGUGUUAUAACAGGAACAGCAUUUCAGCAACUUCAGCAGUUUCUUAAUCAACCCUCUACAGAGUUCACAAAAACUGUUGGCAGUACAAUCCCAAUGAAAGCCACAUUCUUCAUUACCUACAUAAUGGUUGAUGGUUGGGCAGGAAUAGCUGCAGAGGUCCUCAGGUUAUCUCCGUUAAUUCAGUUCCACCUGAAAAACGCGUUCUUGGUGAAGACGGAGCAAGACAAAGAGAAUGCUAUGGAUCCUGGUAGCUUGGAGUUUGCUACAUCUGAACCUCGCAUCCAGUUAUAUUUCAUGCUCGGGCAUGUUUAUGCUCCAGUAACACCUUUUCUUCUCCCCUUCAUUGUAGUCUUCUUUGCCUUUUCCUACUUGAUCUUUCGCCACCAGAUUAUCAAUGUGUAUAACCAGCAAUACGAGAGUGGAGCAUCCUUUUGGCCAGAUGUCCACGGUCGAGUAGUUUUGGGCUUGAUUAUAUCUCAGAUUCUUCUGAUGGGAUUGUUAAGUACAAGAGGUACAGAAAAGUCGACGCUAGUGCUUGUUGCACAGCCCCUCUUGACAUUUUGGUUCCACAGAUAUUGCAAAGGUCGCUUCGAAUCUGCAUUUGUAAAAUUUCCUCUAGAGGAUGCGAUGGUGAAGGAUACCCUUGAACGGGCAGUUGAACCAAACUUAAACCUAAGAGUUUAUCUUCAAGAUGCUUACGUACACCCAGUUUUUAUUGGCAAUGAGUUUGAAAAACCAUCAAUCAUUGAUGAUGAAGAGGACAAUCCACUUAUUCAGACAACGAGAGCUUCUCAUCGUAAGGGUAGCAAGCCAGAAUCUGAUAGUGAAACCGGCAGUUGCUAAGGUACAGUUGCCAUUUGAGGUUCCAAGUAUAGAGCAUGGAGUGAUUACUCACGUGAGGGAAUGAGAAUCAGCCAUUUUUAAACUGUGAGAUGAAGAAAGCAGCAUUCCAGAAAACCAAUUGUAACGUUCUUACCUUUCACAAAGGCUUAAGCAACAUUUUGUUGCUCUCAAUUGCCUUCCAAAAAUCUUAUUUGUUGUAUAUAUGUAUCAAUAUGUAUAUACAAUCAGUGAAAAAUAGAUAUACAUUUGACUAGUCAAUAAAAAAGAAAAUAACUUUUGUAUGUAU